UAAGUGUCUCGUUCCUCAUAUUCACUCUCACAACAAACAAUCUCACCUUUCUUCUUCUUCUUCUUCUUCUUCUCUCUGUUUUAGAAUUUUUCUUAAUGCCUAGAAAUUUACAACCAUUGGAUCUUGGAAUCCAAAUACCAUACCAUUUCAGAUGUCCAAUCUCACUCGAACUUAUGCAAGACCCUGUCACCGUCUGCACCGGCCAAACCUACGACCGAGCCAGCAUCGAGUCAUGGGUCUCCAUCGGUAACAACACAACCUGUCCAGUCACACGAGCUCCUCUCUCCGACUUCACACUCAUCCCCAACCACACUCUCCGUCGUCUUAUCCAAGAAUGGUGCGUCGCUAACCGCUCCAAUGGCGUCGAACGUAUCCCUACUCCUAAACAACCGGCUGAUCCAACUUCUGUUCGUGCUCUUCUUAGUCAAGCCUCCGCUGUAACGGGAACUCACGUCUCUGUUCGUUCACGCGCCGCCGCUCUCCGCCGUUUACGUGGAUUCGCUCGUGAUUCUGAUAAGAACCGCGUUUUGAUCGCAGCUCAUAACGCUACAGAGGUUUUGAUUAAGAUUCUGUUCUCUGAAACGACGUCGUCGGAGUUAGUCUCUGAGUCGUUAGCUCUUCUUGUUAUGUUACCGAUAACGGAACCGAAUCAGUGCGUUUCGAUAUCUUCGGAUCCGGGUCGGGUCGAGUUUUUGACCCGGUUGUUAUUCGAUUCUUCGAUCGAAACACGCGUUAACGCCGCCGCGUUGAUCGAGAUUGUUUCGACGGGAACCAAAUCGGCGGAUCUAAAAGGAAUGUUUUCGAUUUCGAAUUCUGAAUCUGUGUUCGAAGGAGUUCUCGAUCUUCUGAGGAAUCCAAUUUCGUCACGACGAGCUCUCAAAAUCGGAAUCAAAACUCUGUUCGCGCUCUGCUUAGUGAAAUCCACGCGACAUAUCGCGAUCACCGCCGGUGCGCCGGAGAUUCUAAUCGACAGACUCGCGGCGGAUUUCGACAGGUGCGAUACGGAGCGAGCCUUAGCGACGGUGGAGCUACUCUGCCGAUCGCCGGAAGGAUGCGCGGCGUUCGGAGAACACGCUUUAACGGUGCCGUUGCUAGUGAAAACUAUAUUAAGAGUUUCGGAUCGUGCGACGGAGUAUGCGGCGGGGGCGUUGUUAGCGCUUUGUACAGCGGAGGAAAGGUGGAGGGAGGAAGCGGCGGCGGCGGGAGUGGUGGUACAGUUGUUGUUGAUGGUGCAGAGUGAGUGUACGGAAAGAGCGAAGAAGAAAGCGCAGAAGUUACUGAAGCUUCUGAGAGAUUCAUGGCCUGACUACAAUUCCUUCGCUAACUCCGAUGACUUUGGUUGCAGCAGCCAAGUGGUCCCUUUUUGAUUUUUCGAUUUUUUAAAAAAGAAUUGGUUUUCAC